AUGCAGAGAAUCAGCUGGAUUAGAAAGAACUGGCUCCUUGUGGCUGGAGCUGCCUUCGUCAGUGUCCACAUCGGUACCUAUCUUCUCCAAAGGGCCGCCAAGAGCUCUGUGAAAUCAGGCAUGGAAAUUAAACAAAAGGAUCUUGACAAAUGA